AUGGCUUUCAUGGUGAAGUCCAUGGUUGGUGGGCAACUGAAGAACCUCACCGGCGGACUGGGAGGAGAAGAGAAAGGAGAAGGGGAGAAGUCCCCGGCUGAAGCCCAGGGGAUGACAAAGGAAGAAUACGAAGAGUACCAGAAGCAGCUAGUGGAGGAAAAGUAAGUAUCGGGUGAUGAAGGGCUCCUUUUUGUGUCUGUCCAGUCACACUGCAACCAAGAGCCUUGGCACAAGCGUUCAUGGAGAAGAGUCCACUUCAUGAAAGCCAUGGCUAUCCCUUUGGAGAAUAUCACAUGACUCUUUCUGUAUGUAACUUUUAGAAACCUUAGCCAUACGUGUCUUUUAUGGUCUUAAUUUGCAUGGUAGAUUACCGUAGCAGGAGAGGCGAUGGAGAAAGAAACUGCUUGAUAACCCUGCUCAGGAAAUUCCUGAGCAAAAUCAAGAUCAGACCAGGGAAAUGUGAGUGAUUUGAUUGCAGCUCAUGACAUAUUAUGCAUUUCAAUGUAGAGCCUGGCCAGAAGACUCAAGGCAAGCAAGUCUGAGAUGAAGGGGAUUCUGAGCUUUGCCUCAUCUCAGACUCAUCCCACCACCAAUCCUGUUGAGGUAAAUGACUAUUAUUCCCAGGUCUAGAAUCAGGGUCUCAGAAUCAGGAGACUUCUGGGCUGCUGUGAGCAAGUUCGGUGAAUCAACAUCUGAAGAGCAAUACAAGUGUGGAUCUAAGUCUAAGCUUAUUUACUGAUCGCACCAGUUUAUAUCUUUAAGGAAGGAGAGAAAUAGGCUAAAGGGAAUCUAGGAAGAUCAUGCAAGUUCACACAGAGAGAUGAUAAAGAUUCCUCCACCAACAUCCAAUACUAUACACACAGUAAAAUUUAUUUCCCAAGAAACUGCUUUUGUAUUGUCCUGGGAUUGUACCUUGAGCAUCAAACAGUGGUGUACAAAAGAGGACAUUUGAAAACCUCAUGCUGGCUCCACUGGAUUGAUUCUAGCAGGAUGUUAAAAAGUCCACGCCUACAAUAAAAAUAGGGCAAUUUUAAAAAUAAAUUUAAAAUAGCGCUAAGCAGUGUCUGUGCAAAAAUAAAUCCCUUGCUCUAAGCAGUUUUUAUGCAAAGUUCAGACCCAAAUCCUCCCGUUUUUAGAUGUCGACAUAUGAAUCUGGGCUACAGAAGGCGCCCUGUGGAAGCUGAUCUUUCCAUUUAAGCCCAAACUGGGUUAAAGAGAUCCUCUGCCUUAGUUCCUCCCAAAUAAGUGGUGAAGGGAAAGAGGAAGUGAACCCAGGACUUUACAUUUGUUGUGGAAGGCGGGGAAUGUUAGUAAUGCAUUUUAAUGAACCCCUAAUCUUUUAAUCCGCUUUUGCCUUCAAGAGAUGGGAUUGUUUUCUCAGGAAAAACUACAUCUCACUAUAGCUCCCUGCCUCCCCCGGAAGUUGGAGUUUAGAUUAUUCACCAUUUCUGAUUUUGAAAAGGGGGGAAGUGUCUAAGGCUGCAUUUACACACAAUUUUUAAAUGCCGUUUUGCUCCCGCAGCAACCGUUUGCUUCCUGUAGUAGUUUGCAUGCAUAAUUUCACUGUGUUUCACCUGUCCCUCCCACCCGCAAUUUGCUUCCAAGCCUUGUGCUGUGCAGUUUUCCCUGCUGUCCAUUUAAUGCAUCAAGUGGCAUUCCAGAAAAUUCUGAAGUGCAAGAACUGAUUGUGGCAGCCCCUGUAGUCACUCCACCCCUGAGGAUUUUUUCCCCAAAUGCACAGGCAGCUGUAUUGAUUCAUAUAUGCACAUAUGUCCUUACACCUUCCAAAGAGCAGCGGUGCAUAAAUAGCACUAUACCCAGUUUGUUAUAGUCUGCCAGCAGUCACAGGAUAAAUUCGACUGGUAAACACAAUGAGCUUUAAUAAAAUAUUUCCAGCCAGUUCAAACAUAACCUUUAGCAUUUAAUUAUAAAUGAAAAAGAAAUCUUGCAAAGAAGUAUUGCCAUUUAAAUUGCUUGUGUCUAGUAGGAACUCCAAGGAGGAAAAGGAAAGAAGUAUCCAGACUCCUCAAUUACUUUCUUCAUUCUCUUCCUUCUGCCUUGCUAAUCUUCCACAAACAAAUUUGAAAGCCUCAGUAUCACCUCAUUCACUUGCCAGAGCAAAACAAAAACAAAAACCAUUAAUUACCCCGCUGUGCCCUUGUCUACCUCACUACAAUCCUCUUUGCAAAGAGGACAAAGCAGCCUACUUUUAAAAAAAAAGAAAAGAAAAAGAAACAUUCUCUGCUGCAAUUUAUGUUCUGGAGAACAGAUCACAUCAGCACCAUCACUUAGGUGGCAAUCCUGCACACACUUGUCUGGGUGGAAGCCCCACAGAACUGUCAAGCACAGGUCUUCUGGGGAACUUAGAUCUACUCCUGGAUUGCAUAAAACACCUAAAUCAUACUGAAGACCUACCAUUGCAAGGCAUAUUAGGGACACAUUGAUAGAAGCAUUAUGUCAUUAGUGAUCCAGGAAAGUUACUCUUGAAUUGUUUAUUUACUUAUUUUUUAAAACUGCAUACCACUGUAUCAUAAAUAUAUAUAUCAGAGGAGUUUACAACCAUUAGAACAUAAAACCAUAAAAAGUUAGAAAAGUCAUUCAUGAGCAAAUUCCUAGUUUGUUUUUUUUAAUUGGCCGGGCUGGCUCAGAGAUCUGGUUGCUGAAAGACAUUGGAGAUAUUCAAUUCUGAUCAUAAUGUUUCCAUAGAAAUAUAUAUAUAUAUAUAUAUAUAUAUAUAUAUAUAUAUAUAUACCCUACUCAUAUGCAAAGUGAGCUCACAAUCACAAAAAUGAUGAAACUGGUUGGAAAUGGUCGUUUUUAGCUGAGGAACAAAUGAGGUGUCAAAAAGAGCAAUAAUAAUUCUUCUUUUCCUCCAUGCUUUGUUCAUAUAGUCCAUUUAACUUCAGGCUUAGAACCUGUGGCCCAGCAGAUGUUGCUGGACUCCAACUCCCAUCAACCCCAGACAGUAUGGACCAUGGUUUGAGGAUGAUGAAAGUGAUAACCCGGCAACAUCGGGGGGGGGGGGCGCAAGUUCCCCAGCCCAAUACAACAGAGUCAGCUUCUGUUUCGCUCAGUAUCAUUUGAUCUCCCCAUCGUGAAGACCAAUACUGUCUCCACUGACUCCCAGAAGCUGUACCAAAAUCAGCCAGAAGUACUAGAUAUUUCUAGAGCUGCAAAUGAACUUAGCCAAAGCACCUGGUGAGAGGAAAUGUAUUCAGUCGUCCCAUUGGUUUUAGUGGAAGUAAAACUCUCCCGAGAACUGUGCUGCUGUGAGUCACGCACAAGACCUGCAAGACACCUUUGCACACCUGGGCACCAGCUGGUUGUCAGGCACUCAGGAAGGGUUGCACAAGGGGGUUUUGUCCAGGCCCCACCCUCAUCUGCCCCACACCUGCCAUCAUAUAUGACAUCAGGUGUAGGGCAGGUGGGCAUGGCUUGAUGGAAAUGGCCUCACUGGCCAAAUGGGGAAGCCUGCCUUAGAAGUUAGCAAACAAGAGUCUACUUGUGGCCAAUGUUAAGCUUCUCCAUCCUUAUCCAACUACACAACCCUCCUGUCCAUGUUACUGUGGUCAUAGAAGGGAGAUAAGGAGGAGGUGUAUGGCUGUUUAUGGCUAUAAGUCAUUAUGGCCAUAUUAUUUGUGCCAAUGUCUUGCUUGUGGGCUUCCCAUAGGCAUCUGGUUGGCCACUGUGGAAGCAGAAUUUUUGACAUCAUGGGCAUUCGGUCUUAUCCAGCCUCAGGGCUCUUAUGUUCUUAGAUAUUAUGGGCUGGCUUUGAUUUAUUCGGGGAUGGGAAUACCUGGGGUGAAAGAACUCUCACAGCUAUCCUACACUCCAGUCAUUUGGUUAAAUGAGCACCCUGAGACCAUAUCCCAGGAUUUAUUAAUAUUAAUUUCUUCCAAUCUGAAUUAAUUCCAUACCACAUAGCUUGCUAUUCUCCAUCGUGGUUUUUUAAAAAUGAUAAAAAUGGGGAUUUUUCUCCCCCACACCUCCAGCAUGUCCCAGUAUGGGCAUCCCAGUGUGCAUUAGCCAUUGUAAGUGUAAAACCCUGAGGUGGUCAGUGCUCUGGAUUGUAUAAUGUUGAGGCUGAGAUUUAGUGUUGUGUGGAUGGCGCUUAACAACUACGACGUACACAGGAACAUGAGAAGAAGUCUUACAGUGAAUUAGACCCCUGGUCCAUCUGGCUUAAUACUGCCCACAAUGACCGGUAGUGGCUUACCAGGGUUCCAGGCAGCGAGUCUCCCUGUCCUAACUGGAGGUGCCACAAAGACCCAAACCUGGGAUCUUUUGCAUGCAAGGCAGGUGAUCUGCCACUGAGCUAUGGCCCUUUCUGUUGGGGAUGAAUACAUAAAAUAAUAGAAUGAGUUGUUUUACAUGCAAGGCUGUGUAAAAAUAAAUAAAUCUCUCUCUCUCUUUGUGUGUGUGAUGUGCAUGUUAUCUGCAGCAUUACUGAGUAUGAGUGGAGAAAGGGCACUGGCAAUUAUUCCAAGUUAAUUAGGCAAGAUUAAACAGUGUGUGAUCUUGUGGAUGCACUCUGACUAGCAUCAUAUCAGCUGUGUGGAAUGCUUAGGUUUGGAGCAGAGAUUAAUGGCCUGUACCGGGAAAUUUCUCAGGCUUCCUCUGCCCUAGUGACCAAGACAUUUGCUCGCCAUGCCAAGUGGGGCACACACAUUGCAGCUAAUCGACAACAUCUUCUCCCAAUGUUGUUUGCAGAAUGGAGCGGGAUGCCCAGUUUGCACAGCGCAAAGCAGAACGAGCCACCCUGCGGACCCACUUUCGGGAUAAAUACAGGCUUCCUAAGGUAAGCCAUCAGGCGUUUGCUGCAGGAGGAGGAUGAAGGGAACCUGGGCAGAUUUCCACAGGGAUAUUGCUGGUUGUAUUAGGGUUGAGCAACAGCCAGAUACCAGAGGAGGUGGAGGAAGAAAUAACCAGAACCUUUGAUGCCAGGGUGGGGAAACCAUGACCGCCCAGAUGGUGCUGAAACUUCAACUUCCAUUGCCUCCAGCCUGCUUGACCAAUGGGCAAGGGUGAUGGGGACUGGAGCCCAGCAAUAUCUUGAGGGUCACAGCUUCUUUGUUCUUUCCUGUAAGGCAGGGGUGGGGAAGUUGUGGCUCUCCAGAUGUUGCUACAGCUCCCAUUAUCAAUGACCAUUGGCUCUACUAUCCAGGACAGUCCAACAACAUCUGGAGGGGCUCUUCCCCGCCCAUACUGUUGAUGGAGGCAGAGCAUUAGGACUGAAGAGAAGGGUGGAAGUCAAUAUGUUGACCUUACGAGUCACGAGCCACCAUGCACAGAGUGGCUGGUGCUGAUAAAAUGCCAGAGACAUCCUGCGCGUGGAAAUGGCUAAUGGGAGAACGUGGCCCUCUUUUUAAGUUCACUCCAAAAUGAGGCUGGAACCAGUCAGCAGUUCCUUGUUGAGGACGCAGAGUAGAUCAGCAGGUGAGUCCAGGCUCCAUCCCUGACAUCUUCCAUUAAAAAGAUCAAGGUUCAAGUGACGGAAAAGCCCCUUCUAAGCCUAAGACUUUUUAGAGCUGCUGUUAGAUGGAUCUAGGUAAGAUGGGCAAGUCACCUGGCCUGGUUUAAGGGCAGCUGUCCCAUGUUUCUUCUUUGGCACAGAACUACAUGAGCCAUCUGAAUAUGAAACUGAAGUUGACACAUCUCUGGAUCUAGGGUCAAGGUCUGGGCCACUCCAAAUUGUGGGUGAUAGUCAACUAAGUUUUACACAGAGUAGAACUAUUGAAAUGAAUGAGCAUGACUAAGGCAGACCUUCCAUAACUUUGUCUCCAGCCCAAAGCUUAUUUCCUGUGCAAUGCAUUUCAGAUAAAACUUCUCUGGACCAACACUUCAGAUUAGUAGCAGCCCUUCCGGUCCCAGGGUGGGUUACGGCCUUGGCCCAGUAGACCUGAAGGUGUGUCUCCACCCCCAUUGUUCAGCCCGAACACUGAGGUCCAGCUCCGAGGGCCUUCUGGCGGUUCCCUCACUGUGAGAAGUAAGGUUACAGGGAACCAGGCAGAGGGCCUUUUCAGUGGUGGUGCCCGCUCUGUGGAACACCCUGCCACCAGAUGUCUAUUUCCUUGACAACAACUAUCUGAUUUUUAGAAGACAUCUGAAGGCAGCCCUAUUUAGGGAAGUUUUAAAUGUUUGAUCUUUUAUUGUGUUUUUAAUAUCCUGUUGGAAGCCGCUCAGAGUGGCUGAGGAGGCCCGGCCAGAUGGGUGGGGUAUAAGUAAUAAACUGUUGUUGUUGUUGUUGCAAUUUAAAAUUCAGAAUUAAAAACAAAUUACAGUCACAGGAAUAGGAUAGAUCCUGAAAACACACCUGUCCCAGACAGUGACCUGAGGGCAGUGGAAUUACCAAAAAGGCCACCUCCGCCAGUCUUGACACUCAAGAAACUCUGUUGAGAAGGAGGCAGCCUGGGUCAUUUAGGGCUUUAAGCACUUGGCUGAGCAUGGAAAUAAACUUAAAUAGGAUUUGAGGUGGUCUGAAGCUGAUUUGGGGAUGUAGAGGUGUAUAAACUCAUUUAGACUUCUCCAGAAGCUAUGUGUUGAGCAAGAAGGUGUUGGGAAUCUGGGAACGAUUUGGGCAUGGUCUAAAGGUACCUGAUACAACAAACUUGCUAAAUCUAAGCUGGACUGGAUCUGGUCAGCAUCCGGAUGGGAGGCCUCUUGGGCACUCCAAGUCUUGAGUUCCCUGGCAGAAGUGUGCCAGGAUAGAAAUGUAAUACAUGAAAUAUAGAUGAUAAUCAAGUUGUAGGAAGUUCAGACUGCAGACUGUUGUAAUACAUAAUAAGAUAUUCUUAUGGAGAAAACAACUUUUUUAAAAAAAAAAAGGUGUUCAAUUCCUCGCCAUUUGUAUGCUUUCAUUUCUGUGCCAUGAAAUAGCUCAGUGACGCUGGACUUUAAAUGUAUCAUUACCUGCCAUCGAAACAGCUGGUUUACUGGCUUAGUUGGCUGUAAGACCAGACAUAAUCAGGUUAAUCCAACAAAAUUUUGUAUCAGUUAAGUUCUAUUGAAAUCAGCGGGACUUAAAAUAGGUACAACUGAAUUCCAUCCCAUUGCCUUCAGUGGGACUUUGUCAUGAUAAGCACCUGUUGGAUUGUACCCUAAGGCCAGGAUGGGGGUGGAGGGCUUUGUUCAGCCUGGGGGCUGCAUCCCUUUCUGGGCAAUUUUCUGGGGGCCACAUUCCAGUGGUGGGCGGGGCCAGAGGCAAAAGUAGGUGGAACAAUGAAUGUGAAUUUUGCCACUGUAUUAGUUUUUGCACACACUCAUACAUCCCUGUACAGAUGGGUCCUUCAUCCACUCAUCCAGGGAAUCAAAAGGCAUCAUCAGAGUUCAAAGACGCAUUCCAGUUAGGCAAUACAGCAAUGAAGGAGAGAGCAAAGCAGAACCAGUACAGCGAGUUGCUGAGAGGGGGGUUUGGUGGGGGGGGUAGGGAAAUCUCCAGAGCCAGAUAGAGAAUAUUGGAAGGCUCCAUUAUUAUUAUUAUAGUUAAAUUGCAUUUUUUAUAAAACAUUUAUUCAUAGUUUAAAUGAGAUAUAUGUUUUUUCUUCUUAUUUUUUAUGCUUAUUUCUGAUCUUUGGAGUGUUAGAAAUCGAAUAGUGUGAUGAUACAUAUGACCUAUAUGCAUAUAUUCUGCCAAUCUACCAUCAUGGAGGCCUAGGUAGGAGUAGACCACCCAGGUGUUCUCCAGACUCAGAUCUGCUCAAUUCCAGAUCUUUACAUCGAGGAAUGACAUCAUCCCAAUUCUAGAGGUCUUGCUUGUAAAAAUGCCUAGACAGCUGAUCAUUUCGGUUUAAGCUGGUUUAGUCCAGUUAGCUUCCAUCAGGCUUAAAGCUACAAGUUCACUUGGGGCCUCUGUGUGUGUGUGUGUUUUGCAUGGUUGUGUAUUUAUAAAUACUUGAGCAACUUCAGAAUAGAAAGAGAGCUGAAAAAAAUAUUUAAAUAGAAUAAUAAUAAUAAUAAUAAUAAUAAUAAUAAUACAGAUUUUGUAGUAAAGCAUGGAAAUAUUCAUUCUGGAAUCUUUCCAUAAAUGUUACAAGAGCUGCUCUAGUGUUGAGAUUGUAAUCUAAUAUUCUUGUUUUUCUAAACACCAGACAAAAGCAGAGCUCUAUCAAGAGGGUUAGAACAUGCCCAUCUCCAGCACUCUGAAAAAGUCUCACAUGGUCAUGGGCUGCCUAGGUGUUGUUCACCUGAUUAUCUUUUUCACAGGUCUCUUACUAGCCUCUAGCCUCCUGGUUAUCUUUGCUCUUUCAGGCAGUGAAAGAUGGGCAAAGAUAACUCUGAUGCUCUCAGGUGGUCGUGGUCCAGGGGCAUCCAAUUCAAGCCACACAAAGAUCUCAGCAAUAAAGGCAUCUUAUUUUAACACAAUGUCCCUCUUAUACCGCUGAAUUUUGGGUCCUCCCUCCCCACUAGCACCUGACAUCCCCAUCUGUCCAAAACCUGCAUCCUUCUCCAUGUUCAUUUCGCUCUGGUUUUGCAUGUCAUAAUUGUUUGUCGAAAUGAUCCUUCAAAGAAAAGGGCCACUUCUAGCAUGCCAAAUCAUUCUGGUUUGCUGCAUUGACAUCUCAAGCAACUGGUGAUGUGAGGAGCAGAGCAGAAUGAGAGCAUUCUGGCCCUCAGACAAGUGGCAUUUGCCAGUGCUGAAGGAGUGAAUGUUAAAGCUAGAGAGAACUGUUUGGUUGUUCACUGAAAUUUUAGCUUUUAAAAAAUAAUUAUUUGCUUUACAGCAUAGCGAUAUUGGUUGCACAAAAAUUGAGAAUUGCAUCUUUCUUUUUAAGUGCUAUUGCUAAGUUUUCUAAGUUAUCUUCAUUGCUCUCUGUGUUAGCCAUAUGGUCUCCAAUGAAGUAAUCUAGCAUACUGUUCAAUAUCUUUUAUAUCAAUAUUAAAAUGCUCUUGACUGUCAUUAUAAUUCUCUCUUUCUUUUUACAGAUGAGAGGACACCAAAUGAUUCUGGUUUUCCCAAUGAGUUUGUGGUUGAGAAUUUAUUUGUUACAUUUUUUUAUCCCAACUCUCCUCCACGCACAGAUCUUCUCCCCUCUCCAUUUCAUCACCACAACAGCCUUAUGUGGUUGGCUAGAACAAGAGAUGGUGAUUGGCCCAAGGCCAUCUUCAUAGCUGAGUGGGAAUUGAACUUGAGUUUCACUGAUCUAACUCCAACCUAGCCACCAAACACACUGGCAUCUGUUCAACCAACCAGCCAGCCAUUCCUCUCUCUCUCUCUCUCUCUCUCUCUCUCUCUCUCUCUCUCUCUCUCUCACACACACACACACACACACACACACUGCCUCCCUCCUAUGUUUUGGUCCAUGGCUGAUUCCCAUCACCAACCAUAAAUCAUCCAACACAAUUGCCCAAUGCCACUCUACUUCACUCUGUCCCAGGCCUCCUCCAACACAUCAGCGUCUUGUUCCAGUUCAUCAAAGCCCCUUUUUCAUGCUCUUAACUUCCAGAGUGUGAUCAUCACAUCCAUUUAUGUUCUGAUGGAGUCAGUCAGGAAUGAGAGAUUAAAACAGGACUGAAUGGAAACAUCUUUUCUCCAACUCCAGCAUCAUUCAGAUCUUACCACUCUUGAGGCCACCUGUCAUGGCCGCCAGCUCCAGGACGCAGCAGUUGCUUCCCCAACCCCCAGGGAGAAUGGGGUCAAUCUGCCCUGUUCUUCCUUCCCACUCUCUGUGCUUCAACCUCUUGAGGGCACCAAGGCUUGCUGGGCUUUAAAUACCUGCCAGCAAACCUGGCAGUGCCCACCUUCUUGUCCUGCCUCUCCCAUGUCUUCCUGUCUGGAGGUGAGCCAGGAGAUAUGUUCACAACCCCAUUGCUACCCGCUGCUGGCUUUGCAGUUUCGUCCCACUGUCACCAUAGCAACAGGAGAUGCAGUUGCUAUUUCCCUCAGCAACUUGGCAUUGAGUGGCCAUUGCAUUGGACCUCCGACAUGGCUGGGCUCACGCCCUAGACCAUUAUGGACUAUUAUGACCCCUGAGCCUAAUCUCUCCCUCUCUUCUCUAAUCACCACCAUCCCCUUUAGAAUGAAACAGAUGACAACCAGAUCCAGCAGGUCGGGGGUGACGUGGAGCUCCCCAAAGAGCUGGCCAAGAUGAUUGAGCAGGACAACGAAGAGGAGGAGGAAAAGGACUCUGUUAUCGGACAGCUGACCAGCAUCCAGAAUCUGGACCUGGAUUCCCUGAAGGACAAGGCCCAGGCCACGCUGGACGACCUCAAGCAGUCCGCCGAGAAGUGUGCCGUCAUGUGA